AUGACAAACAGUUCGUCGCGGAAAAGUGGUAACAACCCCACCUGGUUUCUCGGGUGCGGCCUUUCCCCUUCGUCUAUAAAGCCACUAGGAAUCCACUUCUGCCGAACAUUCACUCGGCGCUUCGUCACUCAUUUGUUCACCAUGUGGCUGCUUAUCCUCGCAGGUCUUUUAGCGGUUUCCGUAGGUGAGGAGACGGUUUCAAAUACGGUAGAAAAAGCGAAAACCUCCUCUGACAAUGCACGCGACAUUGUUAUGUUGGAAAUCGAUGUCAAGGAACCUGUGAAGAGAUCCCCGAUUUCAGCCAGUGCCGAAUAUGGUGCUCCAUCCAAUCAGUACAUUCUUCAAUCAGCAGAUGGUAGCCAAGAGCUACCUCCAGAGUACUUAUCUCUAAUACAAGAAUACGCUCAAGAGGCACCACAACCGCAAGCACCACCACGGAAUGUGCAGCCAGCAUAUGCGAAACAGCAGCAAGCAUUGCAGCAGGCAUAUUACAACUACCGGAAACCAACCGUAGUACCACCUCGACCUCGUGCUCAACUUCAUCCUCAGGCUUUAGCUCAAGCUGAAAUAGCCGCGGAAAUCCAAGCUCACGUCGAUGCUCAAAGCCGCACAGACGCUAUUCGUACAGCUCGUUUAGGUUCGAAACCUUCUCCCGCGUCAGCGUAUCAAACGGCACCUUAUGGACAACCAAAACUGGGAACAUUCGAACAAGAAUUAUUGCAAUUAGUCUCGGCUAAUCAAGCCCAAGAAUUCAAGUUGCUUCCGACUCAACCUAAAGGAAGUACGUCCGCUUAUUCGCAACAAUUAGUAAGUUAUCCAGCUCAAUAUGCGAAACCAGCCGUGGAGGCAGCUCAACUACCCGAACAGUAUCAUAUCGAGACUUCUCCCCCGCGUUAUCAACAACAACAACAACAACAACAUCCAGCACCAUCUUAUCAGUCGGUCGAAGAGCCUGUUCAAUAUCAACCAGUUCAACCCGCCAAAGCUUUUAAUCCGUCGCCACAGUACGAUUAUAUCGAUGACGACACAUAUUUGAAAGCCCUUGAACAAGCUCAAGCUCAAGCUCAAGCUCAAGCAGAAGCGCAAGCGUUAGCUUACCACAAAAUUGCGCAAGCUGCCUAUAAGAAGCAUAGACAGGAUGCGUUGGAGCAAAUGAGACUCACCAACGAACGUCACAGACAACAGUCUGCACUGGAACAGAUUCAACAAGGUGCUCAAGUAAGCGAUGCAGGACGUGUCCAUUUGGAAGAACAGUAUCAGCCUAAAGACUCAGCUUCCGCUUAUAGGGCAAAGUUGAAAGCUCAGGUAGCCGCGGAAACAGCUGAGGCUAGGAAACUGCAACAGGCGCAAGAAUUUAAGGCACAUGCAGAUGCUAUUCGUAAACUCGAAGCUCAGCAACAAGCUCAUCUGAAAGUACAAGAAGAAGUUCAUAACUAUGCUCAGAACUUUGACAAGAUUCAAGCACGCGCACAAGCCUUGGCGCAAGCUCAAGCCGAAGCUCUUUACAAAUCUCAGCUUCAAGCUCGUAAUCAGGUUAAAAACGAAAUUCUGGCAAUCUCCAAGGGUCAAGUACAAGCAAAGAAAGUAGAUCCCGACUCAGCCGUGUAUCAUUAUUCACUUUCUAGCACUACGUCUCUUCCUUUGCUCAAUAGUUAUUUCACCAAUGAACAGUUGCAAAAAUACCAAACGUCAGGAUCUUCUUACGUUCCGAGAUCAGUUCCAAAACCCGACGACGUAAAUCCAAUCGUUGAAGCACCAACGCAUGUGCAGCCACUUAUUACGCAACCGCGGCAAACUCAUAAAUUAAAAGUACCAUCGUCUUCUCAGGCGGUUUAUGUAUCGGAAUCGGGUUUGAUAAAGAAGUCACCUAUCAAGUCGAUAACCGUGGAAGAAGUGACCAUCGAACCUGACCACCUCGGUAACCAUCCUUUACCAACACCUAAAGGGCGCACUCUGACCGAGGAAGAUUUGUCGGCAUUAAUCAACGCAGGAUACACUGUUACUCCCGUGACGCAACCUGCUAAAACUAUUCAUUUCGCGCCCGAUAACGCAUCUGCCGCUUACUAUGCGAAGAAACAAAAGGCUGCUCUUACAAGGCCUGAGUACAUUACUUACGAGGAGGUGAUUCAACGUCCGCGAAAACUUAUUAGGAAAAACAGGCCGAUUUUGAAGCACGGUGACAAAGAAGUUGAUGCAAGUGAAAAAGUUACCUACUUGGUACCACUCGAACCAGCUUUCGGCACGAGACAACCUCCUCUCAAGCACGAAGAGUAAUUUGGUUCAAACUUGGCUACUACUUAUCAUCGUUGCAUCGA